ACUCCUGGAAGGUGGCCACAACACAGCACACUAGUUCGAUAGUGUGCUCUAGCUUGUAAGGUCACCAGGAAGGUCUCUAACCAUACAUAACUUGUAUCACAAGAGCAGAGUAGUAUCACAAGAGCAGAGAGAGAGAAGAAAUAUUGGAAACCAGUGAACAGAGCACAGUAGGAGGGAGUGCUGUGCGGUGCAAAAGAAGAAGAGGUGAAUGAUGGAUGUUGAGUCCAGGCAAGGUUUCAAACGGGAUUCCAUGGCUGCUGCCGCUGAGGCCUCUAUUGACUGGAGAGGCAAGCCCUCCGACCCACACAAGCAUGGCGGCAUGAAAGCCGCCGUCUUCGUCCUAGGGAUCCAGGCGUUUGAGAUGAUGGCGAUCGCGGCGGUGGGAAACAACCUGAUCACGUACGUGUUUGGGGAGAUGCACUUCCCGCUGCCCCGGUCAGCCAAUAUCGUCACCAACUUCAUCGGCACCGUCUUCCUCCUUUCCCUCCUCGGCGGCUUCCUCUCCGACUCUUACCUCGGCAGCUCCUGGACCAUGCUAAUCUUUGGAUUCGUCGAGCUCUCCGGGUUCAUACUGCUGGCGGUGCAUGCGCACGUGCCGCAGCUCCGGCCGCCGCCGUGCGACAUGAUGGCCGCCGCGGCGACUGGGCAGGCGUGCGAGGAGGCGGGCGGGGUGAAAGCCGGCUUCUUCUUCGCGGCGCUGUACCUGGUGGCGCUGGGCAGCGGGUGCCUCAAGCCCAACAUCAUCGCGCACGGCGCCGACCAGUUCCGGCGCGGGAGCGGCGGCGACGCCCGGCGGCUGUCGAGCUACUUCAACGCGGCAUACUUCAGCUUCUGCGUGGGCGAGCUGGUGGCGCUCACCGUGCUCGUCUGGGUGCAGACGCGCUCCGGGAUGGACGUCGGGUUUGGGGUCUCCGCCGGCGCCAUGGCGCUCGGCCUUGUAAGCCUCGUCGCCGGCGUCGGCUUCUACCGCAACAGCCCGCCGCAGGGCAGCAUCUUCACUGCAAUAGCCAAGGUGUUCGUCGCCGCCGUGACCAACAGGAAGCAGGUGUGCCCGUCGACAACCACCGUUCAGGCCAUCACCGGCCCUAGCACCCACAAGAUACCCAUUAACACCACCAACAUCCGACACAUCAACAAAUUCAGGUUCUUGGACAAGGCGUGCGUGAAGGCAGCGGACGGCAGCUGCAAGGAGAGCCCGUGGCGGCUGUGCACGCCGGCGGAGGUAGAGCAGGUGAAGGUGUUGCUGUUCGUUGUGCCCAUUUUCGCGUGCACCAUCGUCUUCAACACCAUCCUGGCGCAGCUGCAGACCUUCUCCGUGCAGCAGGGCGGUGCCAUGGACACGCGCCUCGCCGCCUCCUUCCACGUCCCGCCCGCCUCGCUGCAGGCCAUCCCGUACAUCAUGCUCGUUGCGCUCGUCCCGGCAUACGAGGCUGCCUUCGUGCCCGCCAUGCGCCGCCUCACGGGCGUCGCCACGGGGAUCACCCCGCUCCAGCGCAUCGGCGUCGGCCUCUUCGCCGUCACCUUCUCCAUGGUCGCCGCUGCACUCGUCGAGGCCCGCAGACGCUCCGAGAGCGUCGAAGGCCGGCUCUUGUCCAUCUUCUGGAUCGCGCCGCAGUUCCUGGUUUUCGGGCUGUCGGAGAUGUUCACCGCCGUGGGGCUCAUCGAGUUCUUCUACAAGCAGUCGCUCGGCGGCAUGCAGGCCUUCCUCACCUCGAUGACCUACUGCUCCUACUCCUUCGGCUUUUACCUCAGCUCCGUACUCGUGUCGUUCGUGAACAGGGUCACCAGCAGCUCCGCCGCCGGCAAUGGCGGCUGGCUUGCCAACAACGACCUCAACAAGGACAGGCUCGACCUCUUCUACUGGCUCCUCGCCGCGCUCAGCCUCCUGAACUUCUUCAACUACCUCUUCUGGGCGAGGUGGUACUCCAAGAGCGUCGAGACGGUGCAGGUGGCCAGUGUUGGAACCGGCGGUGAGGAGGACGACGAGAAGGGCACUGCUGAGUGCUAAUAUUAACAUGGGCCCCUGACAAGUGGGCCCAUGCAAGAUCAAGCAUAGUGUUAAGUGUAGUUAACCUUUGUUACUUUCUUUUCUUUUGUUGUUUUCAUGGUAACAGGGGUAAUUAGUUAAGGAGAGGUGGUGAUGUAUGAGUUAAAUUAAUCACACUGGUAAGUGAGUAAGGGUAGUAUUGUCAAUUCGACUCCUGCAAGGAUGCAUGAGUAGAACUGGUUUGGAUAGCUGAACCUCUCCUUGCAUGGGAGGAGCUAGCUAAAAUAUAAGUAACUGUGUAAAUGCCAAAUGAUUUCUGAUAAAGCAGAGCACUGAAUUAGUUUGGUGCGCCAUUAAA